GCCGCUCCGUGCCCUUCUUCUUCUUCUUCUUUGGUUUGCGGAAACCCUAACCCUCUUCGAUCGCUUCCUGUGUUGCUGCGGGUGUCGCGAUCCUUGCAAGGGGAUGAAGCGGAUGACGCGGCGGCUGUCGAGGGUGGCUGACUCGUCGCAACAUCCUGCGCUGGAGGACACGAAGGGGCCUCACCAGGCAGUGAGGGGAGGGGAGGGACGGCAGCACUCGCGGCGGGUACCGAGGGGCCACGUGCCUAUGUGCGUCGGGAAGGAGAUGCAGCGGUUCGUGGUCCGGGCUGAGAUCCUCGGCCGGCCGGCCUUCCUCGAGCUCCUCCGCCUCUCCGCUCAGGAGUACGGCUACGAGCAGCAAGGCGUGCUCCGGAUCCCCUUCCCCGCCCCGCUCUUCCGCCGCCUCCUCCUCCUCCUCUCCUCCUCCUCCUCCUCCUCCUCCUCCGAUCCCGCGCUGGAGGAGCUCUUCCGCUCCCUCCCCGACGACAUUCCUCGGUCCUCCUCGGCCUCGCCGGCCCAACUCUCUCUCCGCUAAGGCCUCGGCGCAGGUGAAGGCUCCUUUUUCCUAUUUUGCCCUUCUCGAUGCUCGUAUACAUAAAGCGUAAGAGGAGGGCAGUUCGGGAAUUUAAUAUUUCCCUUGCAUAUAAUAAUUAUUAUUAAGAUUAUUGUUAUUUCUUCUGCUUUUAAAGGAAGGAAAUUGAAUCAAAUGAUGUAGUUAGUGAGGGAACUGCUUUGAGAUACGUGUAAUUUUGAGAUGACGUCUAUGCUAAUGUGACAAUUACCGUA